UUAGUUUAAUAAAAAACUUAUUAUUUAUUUAUAUGGACCAACAUAUUUUUCUAAGAAUUCUAAGAAUGAUUGUGGUGAUGACACAUGGCUACAAAAAUAUGUUAUAAUGUUUCUCUUUUAAUAUAUAAGAGAUCAAUAGUAUUGCCCUAAUAUUGCAAUUUUCCAAGUUAUUGUUUUAUUUGUCUUUUUUUUUUUUUUUGUCACUCGUUAUUGUUUCAUUUGUCAACUUGCAGUUUUUCACGAUUCAGUUUUCUUUGUCAACUUACAUUUUUCUUCGUUAUGGGCGGCUUUGUUUUGGCGGUACCAACUUGCAAUUACAAUAAUAUUAAGGGACAUGACAUACAUAUAAACUUAUAUAAGUUUCAAAAGUUAUUCUUUCUCAGUGGAUAAUUAUUGGCAAUGCAGAGACUAGCAAAAAUGGAGAAGAAAGAAGACGAAACUCUUCACGUAGCCAUGUUCCCAUGGCUAGCUAUGGGGCACCUUCUUCCUUUUCUUAAUAUCUCAAAGUUACUUGCUCAAAAGGGUCACAAAGUCUCCUUCAUAUCAACACCAAGAAACAUCGAGAGACUUCCCAAACUACCACCAAAUCUCUCUUCCUCCAUAACCUUCGUCUCUCUUCCUCUCCCUCCUAUUCCCAACUUACCUCCUUCCUCAGAAUCCUCCAUGGACGUACCAUACAUCAACCAACAGUCUCUCAAAUCCGCCUUCGAUCUUCUUCAGCUACCAGUAACAGAGUUUCUCCGAAGAUCCUCUCCGGAUUGGAUCAUAUAUGACUACACUUCUCACUGGCUUCCUCCGGUCGCGACGGAGCUCGGAAUCAAGAAAGCUUUCUUUAGCCUCUUUAACGCGUCAGCUCUCUGUUUCAUGGGACCGCCUUCGUCGCUCAUAGAGGAUGCUAGAACUACGCCGGAUGAUUUCACGGUGGUUCCGCCGUGGAUCCCGUUUGAAUCAGAUGUCGUCUUUCGUUACCAUGAGGUUGCAAGGUACGUUGAGAAGACAGAGGAAGAUGUAACCGGAAUCUCUGAUUCGGUUCGGUUUGGUUACUCGAUUGGUGAGAGCGAUGCUGUUUUCGUACGUAGCUGUCCAGAAUUUGAACCGGAAUGGUUUGUUUUACUAAGAGAUUUGUAUCAAAAACCGGUCUUUCCCACCGGUUUUCUCCCUCCACCGGUUAGUGAAGACCAUGAAGACGAUGGUGAUGCUACAUGGGCUCGUAUAAAGGAGUGGCUUGACAAGCAACGAGUUAACUCAGUAGUGUACGUGUCUUUAGGUACUGAAGCGAGUCUUCCUCGAGAGGAACUCGCUGAGCUGGCUCUUGGGUUGGAGAAGUCAAAAGUGCCUUUUCUUUGGGCUCUAAGGAACGAGCCGACUCGGUCCGAGCCAUUGAUUCCGGACGGGUUCGAGGAAAGAGUCGGGGGACGAGGUAUGGUUCAUGUUGGUUGGGUUCCACAGGUGAAAAUACUGAGUCACGAGUCAGUGGGUGGGUUCUUGACACAUUGUGGUUGGAACUCGGUGGUGGAAGGGUUAGGGUUCGGACGAGUUCCUAUUUUUCUUCCGGUGUUGAAUGAGCAAGGACUGAAUACGAGGUUGCUGCGGGGAAAGGAUAUUGGUGUCGAGAUUCCAAGAAAUGAGAGAGAUGGAAGGUUCUGGUCUGACUCAGUUGCUGACACGGUUAGACUAGCGAUGAUCGAUGAUGCAGGAGAGUUGAAAAGAACAAAGGUCAAGAUGAUGAAAGGUUUGUUUGGAAACAGGGAUGAAAAUAUCCUUUAUGUGGAUGAACUUAUUGAUUAUAUGAAAAGUAAAGGAUCAUCUCAUGUUGGAUGAAAUUAUGUUUGUAUUGCAAGAUUUAUUUGAAUAUUAGCAGCUUUUCAUACUUUCUUGUAUUAUUCAUGAUGUGAGGAAUCCCAUGGAAAAUGUUGCAUGGGCAUUGGGAUCCUCUGGUGGAGUUUGAUUCAGGUCCUUUCCAAUUUGAGUUCUUAUGUCUUAGAUAUUUAGACAUAACUAGAUAUUUGAAAAUUUUCUGUUCGACUACGGGUCGGUUUUUUUGGGUCUGAAAGAUCGACAUGUAACUGAAACAAAUACUAAGUGAAAAAUAUGGAUCUAUAGGCUAGAGUUAUUUAAAAUUGGGUCCACUAAUACUCAAUCAGGUUUAGAGUUUGGUUCGGGUCGGAUCUUCCACAACAAGACUUAAUAGGGUAAAAUAGCAUUAUCUAUACUCCAAUCCGAAUUCUUACCAAAAAAAAAAAUACUCCAAUCCGAACUGGCUUUUUCGAGUCGGUUCUGGCUCGGGUCCUUGGAUCUAGGUAAAAUACCCCUAGAAAAUGUAAUAAUCUAAAAUAAUCCUUGAAGAUUGUCCUUCAAGUUUCCUCUUUAUCGCACCAAGCCCAAAUUUGUCUCACCUUUCUCAACAAUCUUAUUUCUGAAAAUGUCAGAGAUCACAUCAAUCGUUAACAAGUUGUUCUUUUGUCACAGGAUUGUUUUCUACAGAACUAGUUGUUAACUUGUUUGUAUAGUUGGUCAGAAAAAAACUUGGUUGUAUGAUGUUCAAGUCAUCCAAGCCAAAGUCAUCACAUUAUGGCAUUGGGCGAUGACAUGCAAAAAGAAACUCAGUAUAUCUUAAAUUCAUUUCCCUUCGAUUAAUACCAAGUUAGUUUUCUUUCGUCAAGCCGGAAAAAAUAUAAUUGUAUCCAAAAAAUUGCUAUAUUUUUAUAUCAAUUGCAUGUCUAUUAUCCAGUUUGUAAUUGAAAUGAAGAAAAAGAAAUCAAAAUGAAAAAGGUAAUCAAAAUGAGAAACUAUUAAAUCUCUUCCAUACUUUCUAUCAGUGCCGUGCGAAGGUUUUCGGAGGCCCGAGGCGAGUUCAAAAAUAUAUUUUAUAUGAUAUAUAAUACUCAAAAGUUUUGAAUUAUUACAUAAAUGUUUUCUAAAUUUUCUUCACCAAAAUUUUAUAAAAUAAAAAUUUUAAAUCAUGAACAAAAAGUAUAAAUUUGUAAUAUAAAUACAAAGAUAUAAAUUUUUGACUGAAAUGUUGGUAGCUGUCAAAAAUGCAAAUCUUAGCAUUUAAAUUAACUAUAAUAAACUAUAUCUUGAAAAUAUUAUAUUUUCUUUAUCAAAUUCUCAUAAAUAUAUAAAAUAAGUCUAACUCAUAGCAUAUAAAAAAAAAGACCAAUGUGAUCAAAUAUUUACAGUUUUUUAGAAGUAGAAUCUUUAUAGUUUUAUUUAAAAUAUAGCAAAAUUGAUUACAAACAUAGUUACUUUAAACAGAAAUCCAAUUUAAAUUCAAAUAAAAAUAAAAAUCUAACUAAGAGAAUAUGUUAAUUACCAUGUAAAAGUAUUUUUUUGUAAUUUGGGGCCCUAAAAUUUUUACAAAAUUUGGGGGCCCUAGGCGAAUGCCUUUUUCAAAAGCCUGUAAGCACGGCUCUGCUUUCUAUUCUACUUGUUUAUUGUUGUGAUUAAUAAACUGUUUAUUUAUUGGUUGGUCGAUCAAGUACCAAGCUGACAUUUUUAUUAGAGAAAAGAAAAGGAAAUCGUUCUUUAAAAGCUGGCACGAGCUUAUAUGCACUGUAAUGACCAGGUGGCGGUAUUAUACUGGUUGGAACACUGUGAGAGGUCAAAUUUUGUUUUUGUGGGGCUUACUACAGUUGCCACUACCAGUGUGAUAAAGUUAUACGAACACAAAAAUUAUAUAAAAAAAAAUUUCUUAUUAAAUUUAAAAACUUUCUCAAAACUAAAUAUUUUAAUGUGUUUCUUUUGAUGGAACAUCUCUCUAUGAAAACUUUUUAUAUAGAACGAAGCUACAUCUUUUCCUAAGAACGAAACUACAUCUUCUUUUAAUAAUAAUAUAGAAACAUUCAUAAGUUCGAUAUAUUUUUUUUUUCUUUAACUUUCACUUUAAUGAGCUCAGUUAAAUGGAAUUAUCCAAUAUGUGACGCAUCACGAUGCCGGAAGAUGAAUGUACCGACCAAACUGAUAUCAAAUAGAAAAAUUACAUGUUGCACAUGCCCAAUGAAGAAGAAAAGGGUGUCGGUCAGUGACAGGGAGGAUAGAAGAAGGUAUGAUGGUUGAUACGUUUAUUUUUUCAAGAAGAGUCAUCAUAUUCUUUACUUGCUUUUUAUUCUGCCUUGAUCAAUUGUUUUUUUAAUUUUUUUUUGGGGUCUAUGAUUGUGUCCUGCUAGCUGACAAAUUUUUUUAUCAAUUUAUUAUUUCUUUCAACAUAAAGAAAUAUACAGUUUUUUUUUUUUUUUUUUUGCCACUAUUAUUUUAUUUAUGGAUCUUGGCCCAACAAGAUCAAGUCCGACAACACCAAGGCCCAAGAAACGGGCACAAACAUUACACAACGACUUGGGCCGAAAGCCCAAAACGAAAAACCGUUGAGGAAGACGCUUACUCAUCCCACCACGUGUACGACGCCCGGCGACUGAGACACGCGUCAAGGAGAGGCUAAGCCACCUUCCACCGGCGAAGAUGGGAGACUCGACGGAACUCCGCCGUCAAGCAAAGCUUUCCCGAUGAAGAAUGGUUCACGAAGAAGCCAUCUUCACGGUUAAUCAAGUCGCCACCGGAUCUACGAUUCCAGAAAAGACAAAUCGCCUACAAUCGAUCCCACCACCGUCGAUCCUCCUGCUUGAAAAAGCGGUCACCUUUAAUGAUAAGGAAAAGCGCGAAGAUGAAACAGCUCGCGACAUCGACGAGGAGAGGAAGCGAUGAUAUCGAGGCUAAGGAAAGAGAGGCGAUUAGACAAAGGAGAACGGGAAUGGUAGAUCAACGUUACCAGGAGAACCCCGGAGAGAAGCCGUCGCCGCCUUCGAAAAGAAACGCGACACGGAAACAAAAGCCGAAUAGCCCCGUUCGAAGAGAGCGCGAGCCACCGGACGCAAAAGCCGGCUAUACUCGUCGAAUAGACCGCAGUAAACCAGAGACAAAAAUCUUUGAAAGAAAUCGGCGAUGGAGAUCGAGGCUUAAUCUCAUCAUCUUCCUCGUGAAAGAUACGAGAGAGAGAACGAGGAAGAGAGAGAAGCCUCUUAAAGAAAUAUACAGUUUUGGUCGGCGGAUGAAAAUUUAUUCUCAAAAAUAGGAUCAGUGGAAAAUAAAAUCUUUCUGCAAACUAAACUUACAAACCAAACUAAAAAUCUGAACUAAUUUUAUUUAUAAAACCACUAGAAAUGAAAUCGAAAGAAAAGACAUACUAUUGCAACACAAUCGACAAAAUAUAUUGUAAAUAGAGAAUAGACUGAUCGAAGAUGUCGCCGGCUAAUCAUCAAUAACAAGUUUCUAUUUCAAACUUACCUUUCGAUUUUAAAGAAUCCAAACUUCACAUUCAGCAAGACAGAGGCCCAAGAUCUCCCAAAAGCGGUGGAGUCAAAAACAUAGAUCGUUACACACUUAGGAUGAAGCUGGAGCGGAGAUCACAAUCACAUCCGUAAGGUACCGGCAAGGAGCAAACGAUCCAACCCGGGUAACACUAAUCUCACUGAGAGGUGAAGGUGAAAUAUCAAAUCGAGAAAAACCCAAACCAAUCUCUGUAGAUAGGAAAUAAACUAACAUUCAAUGAUCAAAGCCUUUCGAUCUACAAAGAUCUACGAGAUAAAUCAAACCUAUUCAAAAUCAAAUUCUCUGCGCAAAGAAGAACUAAAAUUUGGACACAAGAAACCGAAGAAUAAUAAAAACAUGAAAAAGAGGGAGAGACCUGGCAUCGGGGUUAAGAGCAUCUACAACAAUCUCCUUAUUUUAAAGAAAUGAUCCACUUAAAAUAAAAGAUAGAGGUGUGGUUUUCGAACUGAACCAAAUACGCAAGGAUCUAAACUGAACCUAACCAAAUGGUAUUCGAAUGUCCACCUCUAAUCAAACCUAAAAAAAAAAAAAA